AUGAACAGUACUAGUCAUACCCACACUGAGGGUGAGUCUUGUUGUAGUGGACCGUGGUUGCAGCCUUCUGUACAUCAGACACUAGACGAAAUAGACUUUGAAAGGGGAAUAUGGAGUGAUGCAUGUUAUGGAAAUACUGAAGAAAUCAUAAGAAAAUUGAAUAGAGGCAACCGGAUUUGCACGGUUAACUCUGUCGACAGUUCAGGUUACACCGCCUUGCAUUAUGCCAGCCGCAAUGGUCAUCUGUCUACGUGCGAAGCCCUUGUCAUGCAGGGUGCAAAUGUUAACUGUCAAACAGCCAGUGGGAAAUCCACUCCUUUACACAGAGCUGCUUACCGUGGCCACCGUCUUGUGGUGAAGUAUCUCCUUAGCAAGAAAGCCAAUCCUAUGAUUUGUGAUGCAGAUGGGAAAACAGCCUUACACAAGGCUGCUGAGAAUGGUCACACAGAAAUCCUAAAGGAAUUGUUGGAAAAUUCUCCAGCAUUAAAGAGUAUUACUGAUAAUAAAGGAAAAACUGCCUUUCAGUAUGUGUCUCAUGAUAAACAGGAUGCCAUAGAAAUAUUCAAUUCUUUUUUAGAUGAUAACCAUUAA